AUGAAUUACACUAUAGCUCAGAGGCUGCGAGUUUAUACAGCCUACAAAGAAAUAUUUGUGGGAGAAAAAGCAAACUUGCGGAAGAACAGUCUAGUGCGCCACGUAAUCAAUCAACACGAAAGCUUGUUGCAACAAUUCACUGAUCUAGGGCUUGUUAACGUCGUCAAAAUUGUGCAAGAUCUCCUCCAACUAAAAGUUUUCGCAAGUAAAGUCAAAGCUGCUUCCGAGUUUCCAGAACUCGUAGAACCAGCUUGUUCACAGAAUGAAGUGCAGGAGGCGAGUCCACAACAUGCGGAGGAACUGUUGAUUGAGAUUUGGCCAGAGUAUACCGACACUGCUAUUGAUACCGAGUAUAGUGAGGGUGAAAACAAGAAUAUAAUUGGUCAGAUGAGUCAGGAAGUCGACGCCCAUGCAAAGGGGGCUGAAACUAUUACCCUUGCCACUCAUAAACCUAUGGGCAGCAGUUUACUUACUCCGUCGCGUCUUCCUUUCAAAGCCCAACACUUUGUUCUGAGUGAGGUGCAGCGUAUCCUUGAGGAAUGUUGCUUCGAGUUCGCGCAAAAAUGGCUGCCAUCUGUGCUCAGGGAGAGGCAGUGUGGCAGUGCGGAGGAGAUCGAACUCAAUCUCUGGACAUAUUACUUAAGGCUCUCCGAGCAACAGAUCCCAAGAGCAGCCCUCGACCUGCAGGGUAGAGAUUCCCUCCCAUCCUUCUUGGCAGUCAACCACUUGCGCCAUAUCGCUGUGCACAGAAAGAAUCUCACGUCCCAAAGCAUCAUGGAUUCGGUCAAAUCCGGUCUGGCACUUACCGUGAUACUGCGGGAUCAAAGGCGCAACACUCUCCUGCAAAGCAUACUUGACGAGCUCAAUAAGAAUAUUACAGUCAUGAAUUCUUCUCGAGAAAGCGCCCAGAACAGUGCUUCAGAGAAGCUAGAAGUGAUUAAGCGCAAGAGAGCAGAGCUAGACGAGGAAGAGAAGAUAUUGAGGGCCGACAUGCAGAGCCAGGAUGAGACAAAUACUGCUCGGACCGGAGCUCUGAUCCAAGAAUCGGUGGACCUUCUUCUGAAGAAAUCACUUGAAGAUGAACUGAAAAUUGAUCGCGGCUCACGCGAUGGCGCACACACCGGCGCAGAGGAGACACUCGCUGUCCAGGUAAUGGGUGGCAUAUACUGGUUCUCAUCAACGGUAAUGGCAUAUACCUGGACGCGCAAAGGAGCUGGAGUGUAG